AAAGUACAAUGCCCGUGCACGUGGGCCGAACCCUACUCCUCCCGUUAUCGUCAUCGAUCUCAUGUCCCUGUACCACCCGGUGAGUAUGGCCGACCUCCCGGGAUUGCUCUGUGGCGGACGGUUCAAUCAGGUGGCACACCAGUUGGAUAGUUUCUUUGCAAAGCUCGCCAAUCUAGGCGCGCGACUGGUGUUCUUCUACGAUGGGCCUGUGCAGGAAACCAAAUACGAUACGUGGGUGCAGCGGCAGGACGAGAAAUAUCACAAAAUGCUAGAGGUGAUCGACGCCGUUGAUCGCGGUUCAGACUUGUACUGGAUGGCCAAUCGGAUGCAGCGUUCCAUUCCCAACAAUACGAUGUACCCGCUCAAGCAAAUAGCCUCGGAGUACGGCGAAUUGAAGGUAUCCGUUCUGAAGGAGUGCGACCAGGAGUUGGCGGCCUAUGCGAAUCAGGUCGGAGCUAUUGCCAUCAUCUCCAACGACACCGACUUCAUGAUCUUCAAGGGCUUUUGGCGGUACUGGUCGGCCAAGGACAUAAACUUCGAGACGCUCGACACCAUGGAGUACAACCGCGUGGCACUGGUCCGAAAUUUGGGUUUGAGUUUCAAGCAGAUGCGUUUGUUGGCCACUUUAGGCGGAAAUGACAUGAUCAAGUAUGAAGAGGUUCGACACUUCCAUUCCAAACUUGGACAUCCCAAGGAGAAGUUUCCAAGACUGGCCGACUUUGUACGGCAGCAACCACUGCCGGACACGCUGCAUCAGGAGGCGGUUCUAAGUGAAUUGCUCACACGGGUCUUUGGAAGAGCGGCCGUCAACAAUGACCUGAAGGAACGUUUCAAGGCUAGUUUGGAUUUCUAUGAAACGGAAUACCAAACUCCAGAUAUCAACGUGUCCAGUGAUCCCGUAGUCGACAUACUGGUCAAAUUGGAGAACACGUUCCUGUACCAAGUUUGGAUCAAUCGACCCUUCAAUGUAACAACAUUUUUCCUAGACAUGCGAACCGGAGAGUUCGGAGAGCAGUACCCACAUUUGGUGAUUCCGAUAGUUAUGCGCCAGGCGGGUAUCAUCCUUUACCACAGACAGAUGCUUCCGGAUAGCUCAUCGCGUACGAUCGUCGCCAAAAUGAGUCACGAUGUUGGCCAUUCGCUCCAAACCCUGCCGGUUGAAUUCCCACAGCAUAUCGUACCGCCUCCUUUGUUGGAUCUGCUAUCGGAACAGGACGACAUCCAAGCAAGCCUGGAAGACAUCAAGCUGCAACUUUUUGGCUGGAUAGCUUCCGAUACCUUGGAUCAUCACCGAUUUAAAUCCAUACCGGAGCGUUUUCGAGUACCUGUACUAACUCUCUACUUCCUGGUGGAGAAACACAUACUGCAAGUGUUCGAGGCGGACAUUCUUCUGCAGGUGGUUUACGACGUAGCAUUUCAAACGUACGAUUGCGAGAUGGUUCGGUAUCCAACUAAACUGGGCAAACGACCCUUCCGGAUAGCGUUCCUAUUCAUAAAGAUCUACAAUCACUUCAACAGGGCUGGUAACAUGCUGGGAUUCAAAAAGGAACCUUUCUAUAAUUUUGACGGAGUGCUUUUUCACAAUCGAUACACAGAGUGGACGAAACGUGGAGCAGGUAGUUUGGAGCAAAUUAAGGAUUUGAGGAUCUACGAUGGAUUGGUGGAUUAACGACUUGGGAUGGGUUUUGAGCUAGUCACGAGAAACUGAACAUGGCGUCCUUGAUUAUAAGAUCGAAAACCCAUAUAUACAUAAUGUAAAUUUUGAACUGAUCAAUCUGAAUUGCAUACAUAUUUACAUCUAAAAA